AUGCCCUGGCUGGGCAUGGCGAGAGGACGCGAUGACCGGGCCACACGACACCGUGACGACGGCGAAUAUCUCGACGAGCGAGAGCGGAGGCACCGGCGCCGCCACAAAUCCCGCGACCACGACGACGAACCCACAGCUUCCACACGCGAAAGGAGAGAGCGCCGACGGGCAGAGGAGGCAAGGAGACAGGCCGAGGUCGACAUUGAGGACAUCCGGGCGCGCAGAGAGUCGUACUACUCACGCAACGAGGCUGAGAAGAGGCGCGACCGCGAUCGCGUGGUAUCAGACAGCAAACGCACACCGGCCAAGGAAAAGCCACGGAGCAGCCGUGAGAAGGAAGUGCGACGGGACAGCACGCGGAAGCCCAAGAGAGCAGUGAUACCUGAUGACCACGACGACUUCGUCUUUGGCCGCCCCAAGUCUAUGGGUCACGUUGAGGAAGUCCCUGUGCGACGAGCAUCUGGGCGCAAGCGAAGCGAGGAAGGCGGCUCUUCUAGCAGGACUGCCUACACUCCGCAUUCAGGUUCUGGGUCUGCGUCAGUCCGCAGGGUCGAAGUUCCGCCAUUGACCAGGAAUUCAUCUACACGCGAGCCAAAAGCACAUACUUCGGCCAGAGAACGAGAGCCCAGGCCGACAGUACGACGCAGCAACACUGUCAAGUCGCCUCCCCCAACGCCACUCACCAGGACGCAGUCGGUCAAGGAUGCUGCCCGUCGCAGCACCGGGGGCAUCUUGUCAAGCUUCUUCUCCAAGGCGGCGCCUCCAGUUUCGCGAACGCCUUCGCGCAAGGCUGAAGAGAAAACGGUCGACUGUCUCGUGUGCAUGAACGAUGACCUACCCAUCACCAAGACCGUCAAGCUCGCAUGUGGCCAUCGCAUGUGCUACUCGUGCCUCAAGCGCCAAUUCACCCUUUCCGUAAAGGACCCUGCUCACAUGCCACCACGAUGCUGCACCUCAGAGCACAUCCCAUUGAAGUAUGCCGACCGUCUCUUCGAUGACAAGUUCAAGGUCCAAUGGAACCGGAAGUUCCAAGAGUACACGACUGCCAACCGCCUAUACUGCCCCACGAAAGGGUGCGGCCAGUGGAUCAAACCUUCCAAGAUCAAGAUGGACCCGACAUACGGACGCAACAAGUUCCACACGAAGCGCGAAUGCCCCAAGGAUGAGGAGACCAACCGCCUGGUAGAGAUGGCCAAGGAGAAGGGCUGGCAGCGAUGCUACAGCUGCAAGGCUGUAGUCGAGCUGAAGGAAGGUUGCAAUCACAUGACCUGCCGCUGCACAGCACAAUUCUGCAUGGUCUGCGCCGCCCCAUGGAAGACCUGCAGCUGCCCCUGGUUCAACUACCAACACAUCCCCGACGGCGACCAGCUCAACGACAUGCGCGUCCCCUACCCGCAACAAGCCCGCUACGCCGAUGUUGAAGUCAUCGAAAUCCCCGACGAGCCCUCGCCACCCCUUGCCCGCCGACCCAGUGUCCGCACCCCACGCAACCGCAGCGAACGCGACCUCCCCCGACCCGAAUCCCGCCGCCUGUCCGCUCACCUCCGCGACUCACUGCACCUCAACCCCACGCCCACCGUCUCUUCCAUCCGCCGCACCGAGCCCGAGGUGCAAAUGUACGGCGUCGGCAACGCAGGUGGCCACCACAUGAACGACUCGUACGCCAUCCGCUCCAUGCCCGCCUCUGUUGCGCGCACCGCAGCCCGCACAUCCACUCCACGCACGUCAACCCCACGUGGCGCCUUCUUUACCAGCAGCAGCACACGCCGUGCUGCGCCCGCCCCUGCCCCCGUUGCCGCCCCUCGCGUCCGACCCGCAUCCACACCUGUCGUCACCUCAUCCACUAUGGCCGGUCUCUCUCGUGACGGCCGCAAGGUCGGCCAGAACCGUGUGGGCACCUGGCUCACUCACGUCCAAAUCGACCCCGAAGCUACCAACACAGCUGCCCGGGAUGUCGAGGUGGAUGACUGGAGGUGCGAUGGUACCAUGAUUGGUAUCGACUAG